AUGAUUUCUACUGAAAUCAAUUCAAACGAUUCUAUUGUUAGAUUUGAUUAAAUUGUCGGUUAACAGGGGGAUUAAGAAUAUAGAAGUCCUCAAGAUGUUGUAAUCGUAUAGGAUUAAAAUCAACCACAAAAUAGCUAAAUUCUUGAGAUUGGUCAGCAAAUUUUGGAUCCUGAGUAAUUGAAAUUAAAAGAGAAAGAAAGAAUGGAGAGGAUUAUUAAUAUUCCAAACACUAUCAAAAGGUCAUUGUCAACAAUUAAUGAAGUCCCUGAUCAAUCCAUAAGUAUUUCUCCUCCAGCAGUUCAUUAUAAUCGAAAAGAUUUUGAAGAUGAAAUGGAAGAAUAGCAUCAAAAAUAAGGUUCACAAGAAUUGAAUUAGUAACGAAAAUUAAAGAAAAGGUCUAAAAAGAAGAAGAAAAAGUAAUAACAAACCAGUGAUUUUCACUAGUAUUUUUCUAUCAAAGGAUUGGAAGACCCAAGGGUUGAUUGUAACUGGAAAUUACUCUUUAGUUACUUUACUUUAAUAAUAUUGAGUAAUAUCAUUUUACAAACUUUGGAGGUCAUUAGAUAUUCCUAAAGUAUUUGUAAAUUGGAAGGGUUGGAUAAUUUAUUUGUGUAUCUAAAUCAAUUGCUUUAUGUAUUUGGUAAAAUAGGUAUUCUUAGUUUGAAUUACUAAGAAUUUACAAAUACUUCAUCAACCAAACCUAAGAUACCAUUAUUAAAUAGCACCCUUUUUAGUUCUAUAUUUAUAGUUCUUUAAUUGCCAUUAUAUGUGUUUGAUUUCGUUUUGUGUUAAUCUCGUAGCGAUCUAUUUACACUAAACUAGAGUUUAUUCCUUUUAAAUUGUCUGGAUUGGUUCAUAAUAUCUGUUAUGAGUGUUAUAAUCCUUUUGCAUUCUAUUAUCAAGAUAACCUUAAAACCUAAAACUUGGAAAAAAUUAAAGUACUAAUCCAUUCAUAAAAAAUAGGAAAUUACUAUAAUUUUAUAGUUGUUAGUAACCUUCACUUAAUCAACUUCAACCUUUUUACCAGCCAUGAUUAUGGAGAACUUCUAUAUCUUUUUUUCAUUACUGACUAGUGUAUACUUAUCAAUAAGAAAAUUCUAUUUUCACAAAGACCCUUUUUUAAUUAGACAUGAAUUACUCAAUAAUGAACCUACUUGUGUGAAUUAAGAUGAAAAUUUUCACAAUUAAGAGAAGAGCGAAAAGCUUUUAUACAACUGUUCAUUCAAUAUAAAAAAAAGAAUCAAACACAGUCCACUCUCUUCAUUUUCUAGUAUCUAAUUGACAAAAACAAAUACUAUUUCAAGAAAAGAAUGA